AUGCAAAUCCCUGAGUUCAAAGGACGGUCCGAUCCCGAGGCCUUUCUCGAAUGGUUAUCCAAGAUCGAAAUGGUCUUUUCUUGCCAAAACUACACCGAGGUGCAAAAGGUGCAAUUGGCCACCAUGGAAUUCACUGAGUACGCUGUGGUUUGGUGGGACCAAAUCAAGAAGUCUAGAAGGAGAAAUGGGCUACCUGAGCUCAUUCCAUGGCCCGAGCUUCGAGCCAUGAUGCGCACCCGCUUUGUACCUGGACAUUACACUAGAGAUUUGUACCACCGGUUACAAACCUUAGUCCAGGGCAACCGGAGUGUGGAUGAGUACCACAAGGAGAUGGAGAUCCUGAUGCUUAGAGCGGAUGUACAGGAGGAUCCUGAAGCCACCAUGGCGAGAUUCUUGAGCGGGUUACGACCCGAUAUUGCUGAACGAGUGGAACUUCAACAUUAUAUGGAGUUGCAUGAGCUUGUAGACAAGGCUAUUAAGGUCAAGCAAAGGCUCAAGAGAAGGGGUACCAUCGAUCGAAUUUCGGCAAUACCACCUACUCUACCAACCGCCCAUUCCAACCAAGGAAUGAUUCUCGGCCUUCACCAAAUGCUCCUACACCAAAGCCGAGAUUCGAGGGAGGUAAGUGAUGGGGAAUCGCCAAAUAAAGAGGAGUUUAGUGCACCCGAGGGUCAUUUUGGGACUGCAUUGGUUGCAAGGAGAGCAUUAACUGCACGUGUUAAGGAGGACGAGCUUCAACGGGAGAACAUUUUCUACACCAGGUGCUUCGUCAACCAAGCACUUUGUAGUGUGAUUAUUGAUAGUGGGAGCUGCACAAAUGUUGCUAGUUCACUCAUGGUGGACAACUUGAAGUUGCCUACAAGGGAUCACCCGCGACCCUACAAACUCCAAUGGCUCAACAACUCUGGGGAGGUUCGAGUAACCAAGCAGGUUCUUAUAUCCUUCCAAAUCCAUAAAUAUUCUGAUGAAGUAUUAUGUGAUGUAGUUCCUAUGCAGGCUAGUCACAUUAUACUAGGUAGGCCUUGGCAGUUUGACAGACUGGUGACUUUUGAUGGUGUGACUAAUAAGUAUAGCUUCUUGUACAAUAGUAAGAAAGUCACACUGGCUCCCCUUUCCCCCAAACAAGUGCAUGAGGACCAAUUGAAAUUGCAACAAGAGUUUGAGAAGCAUAGUGCAAAAAGGAAAGAAAAUGAGAGAGCCGAGGCAAAAAAUGAGAGGAAAAGGGCUAUAGAUAGCUCGGCAAGUGAGGUAAAAAUCGAGGGAAAACAAAUGCUCCUGAUAAAAGCCAAGAAAGUGAGGAAGUUAAUGAGAGAUGAGCAGCCACUUCUUAUGCUUGUUAGCAAGGAAGUAGCGCUGAAUGUGCAUGAACUUGAUACUGAUAUACCUCUCGAGGUUAAGUCUCUUUUACAGGAGUACGCUGAUGUCUUCCCCGAGGACUUCCCAAGUGGAUUGCCACCACUUAGGGGCAUUGAACAUCAAAUUGACUUCAUCCCUGGAGCUUCAUUGCCAAAUCGCCCAGCUUACAAGAGCAACCCGGAGGAGACUAAGGAGUUGCAAAGGCAAGUGGACGAGUUGCUAGGCAAAGGAUGGGCACGUGAGAGUUUAAGCCCGUGUGUUGUUCCAGUCAUUCUGGUGCCCAAGAAAGAUGGUACGUGGAGAAUGUGCACCGAUUGUAGAGCCAUAAAUGCCAUCACGGUAAAGUAUCGCCACCCUAUACCUCGCUCAGAUGACAUGCUUGAUGAGUUACAUGGGGCUGUGUUCUUUACCAAAAUUGAUCUCAAAAGUGGGUACCAUCAAAUUAGGAUUAAGGAGGGGGAUGAAUGGAAAACUGCCUUCAAGACUAAGUAUGGAUUGUAUGAGUGCAAGUCUUAUGAUGAGCAUCUAGAGCAUAUUAGGGCUGUUAUGGAUGUACUUCGAAGAGAGAAGCUCUAUGCCAAUCUCAAGAAGUGCAAUUUUUGCACUAACGAGCUUGUGUUCCUAGGGUUUGUUAUAACUGCGCAGGGAAUGAAGGUGGAUGAUCAAAAGGUGCAAGCUAUUCAAGAGUGGCCGACACCACGGUCCGUGGGUGAUGUUCGAAGCUUCCAUGGACUUGCGGGUUUCUAUAGGAGAUUCGUGAGGGACUUUAGCACUAUUGCUACACCCUUGACCGAGUUGAUCAAGAAGAAUGAGAACUUCCAUUGGGGAGAUUCUCAAGAACAAGCCUUUCGCGCUUUAAAGCACACACUCACACAUGCACCUGUACUUGCUUUACCUGACUUUUCUAAGAUAUUUGAAAUUGAUUGUGAUGCUUCAGGUAUUGGAGUUGGAGCUGUGUUGAACCAAGGAGGAAGACCUAUUGCCUACUUUAGUGAGAAACUCAAUGGGGCUGCACUAAACUACUCAACUUAUGAUAAAGAGUUAUACGCCCUCAUUCGAGCACUACAAGUGUGGCAACACUACUUAAAGCCUAAGGAGUUCAUGAUACACACCGAUCAUGAGUCCCUUAAGUACCUUAAGGCCCAGCACACCUUGAGCAAGAAGCAUGCAAGAUGGAUUACAUUCGUGGAGUCCUUUCCGUACGUGAUUAAAUACAAGGCUGGUAAGUCUAAUGUGGUUGCGGAUGCACUCUCCUGA